UGAUAGCCAGCAGUGAAUCACUGUGAUCUGAUAACAAAGUUGAAUUUGUCUGAAUUUGAACCCCUGAGGACCCCCACCCUGGCUGGCAUCUAAUGUUAUAUCUAUUUCAACUCUUGUCUCUGAGGACUUCUGUGAGCUUCCAACUUUUAAGAAACUGAAACAAGCAGCACGCACAACAAAGAUCACUUGUCUCUUUAGGUUUUCCUUGAAACAAACCUUCCAAAAAGACAAAAGGGAACCACUGACCUCUAGGCACUUCAUUAUUCCACAAGGCUCCUCAAGGGUUGCUGUCCAGGUGCUGUAGGCCACUCAGGUCCGGUGAUGUUAACGUUAGGACAGAUGGAUGGGAGCAGGCAGAGCGCUUUCCUCCUCAGUAGCCCUCCCCUGGCAGCCCUGCACAGCAUGGCAGAGAUGAAAACCCCUCUCUAUCCAGCUUAUGCCCUGCCAGGGCAGCCCUGUUCUUCUUCCACCUCAUCAUCAUCCUCUUCAUCAUCAUCUUCUUCUCCAUCACCACCAUUGGGAUCCCCAAAUCAGUCCACCCUAAAACACUCCUCAUCCCCAUCAACUGGGGGACUUUCUUUGGGAACCCCUCCACCUCAGAUAUCUGUAGCCACCCCUCAUGGGAUUAAUGAUAUCUUGAAUCGUCCCGUAGUAUCAUGUUUGUCCGCCUUGACUGGUGCUUCCCUUACACCAUCUACCACUGUCUCCUCUGCUGGUGUAGCCUCCUCUUCGUCUCCUGCGGGGCUCUUGGCAGGGCUUCCCCGCUUCAGCAGCUUAAGCCCACCACCGCCACCCCCUGGGCUUUACUUUAGCCCCAGUGCUGCUGUAGCAGUUGCCCGUUACCCCAAGCCACUUACAGAUCUCCCAGGAAGGACCCCAAUUUUCUGGCCUGGAGUCAUGCAGAGCCCACCAUGGAGAGAUGCCAGGCUCGCAUGUGGCCCCCAUCAGAGCUCAGUAUUGCUGGAUAAGGACGGGAAAAGGAAGCACACACGACCCACUUUUUCUGGGCAACAGAUUUUCGCUUUAGAAAAGACAUUUGAACAAACCAAAUAUUUAGCGGGUCCAGAGAGAGCCCGACUGGCGUAUUCCCUGGGAAUGACAGAGAGUCAGGUCAAGGUAUGGUUCCAGAACAGGAGGACUAAGUGGAGGAAGAAACAUGCUGCAGAGAUGGCCACUGCCAAGAAAAAGCAAGACACUGAAACCGAGAGACUUAAAGGGGCAUCUGACAACGAAGAAGAGGAUGAUGACUACAACAAGCCGCUGGACCCCAAUUCCGAUGAUGAGAAGAUCACCCAACUUCUGAAGAAACAUAAAUCAAGCAGCACACUGCUUCUCCAACAGUCUGAAAAUGACAGCUCGUCUUAGAGGGUUGUAGCCAAACCCACGAUCUGGGAGUUGGGACAAUAGUUAAGACAGCAGACUCUAGAGAUGAAUGGAAGAACCGGUUGUUGUGGACAAGAUUUCAUUUGUUUCUGAACAUUUUUUUCGCGUCCCAUCAUCUAUACUCACAGCACUGCGCCUUUAACCAGGGCAAAAUAAGACUUUUUAUUUUGUAAGAUGUAUAUAUAUUUUUCUAAAUGAAUGAAGGAAGGAACAGUAACUUCGAUAUGAAUAGACAUUCUCACACAUACACAUGCAAAUAUGCAGGUACAGUCAAGCAGUCCAUUAGUGGCUGUCUAAAGACAAAACUGCCCUGUGAACAUGCAGUGGAGAUGGGAACUAAGCUUGGAGGCGAACACCCCUUUCCCCUAAAAACAAAGGGUUAAGCUGUUGAUCAACCGACCAUGGCCUGGCAAUUUUUCCUAAAUUAACUCGUUGGAGGCUCUUGUAAAUAAAUUGUGAGUCCCUUUGACCGGGGGUUACUCCACAGUGAAUAUUUAAAUGUAAAAUAGCCUUCUUUUGUUAUUAAAAAAAAAGGGGCAAUGAUAAAAGGGUAGUGGGAUCAGGAUCACGUGACCCUCCCUUUCUACCUUCUCUAACUUAGGGGCUCCUGAUUUCUGACACAAGAUAUCAUAAUAUUAGAACAUCUUUUUUUUCUGAAAACUACAUAAAUCAGAAAAAAAAAAUACUUUUUAAAUCUGAUUCCACUGAUGCACAAAUGUUCAAAUGUAUUAGGAAAUUAAAAACCCAUUGGGGAAAGGGUGAAAAAAAAAUAUUUUUCUGGAAUAAUCCUAAUUACAAUUUCAGAGUAUUUCGAUCACAUAGACAUGCAGUCAUAAAACACUCAUCCGUGAAUUGUAAUGCAAUAUAAAUACUGUUUUGUAUGAUAAAAUUUACUAUAUGAUAUGUAAAUGACAUUCUUUCUAAGAUAUAACUACAGCGAUAUUAUUAUUGGCAUCUUACCUUUAUUAAUUUAUAUAAAGAAAGUGUUUCAAGUUUUUUUUUGGGGGGGGGUGUUUAAAAUAUUUUUUUUUUCUUUUCGAAAACAUGCAGUAUGUAAGGCACUUUUUGUUUUAGAAAAACACAGGAUAUAUUAAGGGUUGUUGGGAAACAGAAAAACAGGACUGCCCAAGUAAGAAGUAUGAAUAAUUCGAUCUCUUGAGAGAUCCAAUAAAACGUGUUAACAAUUACAA